CAUCGGGGAAGCAAGGACUCGUCACCGGCCAACAGCGGUAACAUAUUGGAGGUUCCACCAAGAUUCUACACCUACACCAAGGGAGCAGGCCAGGGCACGAAGGUAGCUCAGCAGCUGAGCCAGCACAGCCAGAGGACCAGCCCGGCGGAGACGCCUCCCUUUACCUCCUCUCGGGGCGCUCCCGCCCCCCGGCGGGGCAGCCAAUCGGGAGCCGGGCAACCUUCCGCUCCGCAGACCUGGCAGCAGCGGCGGCGGCGGCGCCGGGAGGCUACGCGGAGGGCUCGAGCUCGGUGCCCACUGGCAUCAGGUAAGCCACUGAAGGAAGAGACCAAGAUGAAUGCAGAGCCCGAGAAGAAGUUUGGCGUGGUGGUGGUUGGUGUUGGCAGAGCCGGCUCUGUCAGGAUAAGGGACUUGCGGAAUCCACAUCCUUCCUCAGCGUUUCUGAACUUGAUCGGUUUCGUGUCCAGACGGGACCUUGGGAGCAUUGAUGAAGUGCAGCAGAUAUCUUUGGAAGAUGCUCUUUCCAGCCAAGAAGUGGAGGUUGCCUACAUCUGCAGCGAAAGCACCAGUCAUGAGGACUACAUCAGGAAGUUCCUGAAUGCUGGCAAGCAUGUCCUUGUGGAAUAUCCCAUGACGCUGUCUUUAGCAGCAGCUCAGGAAUUGUGGGAGCUGGCCGAGCAGAAAGGAAAAGUCUUGCAUGAGGAGCAUAUUGAACUGUUGAUGGAGGAAUUUGCUUUCCUGAAAAAAGAAGUGGUGGGAAAAGAACUGCUGAAAGGGUCUCUCCUCUUCACAGCUGGCCCUUUGGAAAAAGAACGGUUUGGCUUCCCUGCAUUCAGUGGCAUCUCUCGCCUGACCUGGCUGGUCUCUCUCUUUGGGGAGCUCUCCCUUGUGUCUGCCACUUUGGAAGAGCGAAAAGAAGAUCAGUAUAUGAAAAUGACUGUGCACUUGGAGACUGAAAACAAAUGUCCACUGUCAUGGAUUGAAGAGAAAGGACCUGGUCUAAAACGAAACAGAUAUUUAAGCUUCCAUUUCAAAUCUGGGUCCCUGGAGAAUGUGCCAAAUGUAGGUGUCAAUAAGAACAUUUUCCUAAAAGAUCAAAAUAUAUUUGUCCAGAAACUCUUAGGCCAGUUCUCUGAGAAGGAACUGGCAGCUGAAAAGAAGCGCAUCCUGCACUGCCUGUCUCUUGCAGAAGAAAUCCAGAAAUACUGCCUUCCAAAGAAGUGAGGAGGAAGUGACCCAGGGCUCUUGGAUUGGAUCAGAGUUUGAUGUUUAUCAAGAAUUGACCUUUAUUCUUAUAAUUAAACAUUAGCUAAACAGGAUUAUCUUACUGUAGUAGUUGCUUUGGGGUGAUAUUUUGGAUUGGGACUAUGCAGUUUGGAUGAGGAAAGAACUUACCUUGGUUGAGCUGAGCCAAAUGCUCUGUAUGCUGUUUUCAUUUACUCCUCCCCACAGCCCUAUGAGAAGGGCGUGGGCAUGCCUCUCAUUAAUGAACCAGAAAACCUUGUUUGAAGUCAACCAGAUAGUAAAUAGCAAAACUGGACUUUUAAGCCUACCUGUGAUCUGAACCACUACCAAAUGCUGCCUUAAACUCUUUCCUGCAUUAAAGAUUUUUAUUGUCCUCCAUAAGCA